AUGAGGACUGAAAGUAGUUCUAGCACGAAGAACAUCUUACCGAGAGAGGUAUUCAACCGAGUCUUCGACAUUGCUCGAUCAGCCUCACAGGUUGACAACGAGACAAAUCUGAGAGGAAGCAAACGAGAUUGGUAUAGUCUCGUUCAGGCCUAUACACACCGCAAACUCACAAGACCAACGGAUCGAAUCUUGGCUUUGUCCGGACUCGCGAAAGAGUACAGCGCUGCGCUUGACGAUGAAUAUCUCGCAGGCAUGUGGCGCAGAUCACUGCUCACAGAGCUAUUAUGGUCCGUGCAAGGAACCACCCAUCCUGCACCGACUUCGUUCCAAGGUCCUUCAUGGUCUUGGACGUCUGUGAACGGCGUGAUCGACUUCAAGGGCCAGUACGGGUCCGAACACGGGACUAAAGAGCAAGCCAGGGCUAAGGUAUUAGAGUGUGAGCUCAUGCUCAUUGAAGACAGCGCACCAUUUGGAGCAGUCGAAGAAAACCUGAGCAGCCUGACUCUCGAAGCAAGAUUGAUACCUGCGCUUCUCCUUCCCCCGCAGGCUUCGAACAGCUACACCGGAGCUGAAGAGAACCACGCUAUCAUAAUGAAGAUGAGUGAAGAUGGCAAGACGCAACAAGUCAAGGUCAAUAUUGAUACUUCGGAUUUCAGAACCCGCAUGCCACAUGUAAAUUCAGGCAUUACGGAAGUCGUGCUUCUAGAGCUACACAGCGUAUUCAUGGGAGCUCAAUGGAGUACCAAAGGUCUGGUACUGCGGUCAGAGACAAUCUCUCAUCUUCAAAAGGAAGCAAUGAAACGGCGCCUAGCAGCCAAAGAAAAGAAGGACAGAGGGGAAGUGGUGGAUGAUGAAGUUGACACACAACCAAGACCUUCCGCAAUACAGACGGCCGCCCUGCGCUAUCAAUUUCGUCGCUAUUUGGGGGUCGAAGUCGACGAGUGGUCCACAGAGCAAGUUUGGGACUACGCCCGAACCCAAAGUGGCGAUCUACUUCGUAUGCAACCAAAGGAGAAUCGACAGCGAAGCGAGCCUGAGGAACAGGUAUUCUACCGCGUGGGCAUGUUCGAUUACAUUUCAAAUUUUCGGGAUCAAGCAGCUUAUGACAUUCGCGUGCGCCGGGAAUGCGAUUGGUUCAAGUAUCGCGUUCCUAGAGUGGUGAAGAUACUAUAA